AUGGCACCCUCUAUCUUCCCAACCUCCGCCGAAAACUUUGCAGAUAUGGAGGGCAAACACCUCAUCGUCGUCGCCAACCGUUUACCCAUCACAAUCACGAAAGAUGCUUCAGGUGAAUACCACUUCAAAAUGUCUUCUGGAGGGCUUGUGUCAGCCCUUUCCGGUUUCAAGAAGUCGUUGAGCUUCACCUGGAUCGGUUGGCCGGGUUUCUACAUUCCACCGAAAGACCGAGCUUAUGUCGACAAGCGUCUCAUGGAGGAAUACUCUUGUCAAGCUGUAUAUCUUGAUGAUGACGUCGCUGAAGGGCAUUACAACGGCUUCUCUAAUUCUAUUUUGUGGCCACUAUUCCAUUACCAUCCCGGAGAAAUGAACUUUGAUGAGGAGAAUUGGCUCAUGUACCGUCAGGCCAACUUCCGAUUUGCUGAAACAGUACGCUCGCAAAUCACACCCGGUAGUAUGGUGUGGGUGCAGGACUAUCACCUCAUGCUCCUUCCCAUGAUACUACGCGGCCUCGUUGACGGGUCAUCUGGAGGGGAAUACCAGAAACAAGAGCUGACCAAGAUCGCGGAGGCAGCGAAAUUUACAGGAUCCUCCCCGUUCGUCGGGAAAUUCUCUUGGGUGUCCUCUUCUGCGACCCUCAUUGGCUUCCACACUUACGAUUAUGCUCGUCACUUUUUGUCUUCUUGCACGCGCAUCCUUGGUUUGCCCACAAUGCCCAACGGUGUUGAGUUUGAGGGCCGCUUAGCUCACGUUGGAACAUUCCCUAUUGGCAUUGAACCUGCUUCAUUCAUCAAGAACCUAGAGAAGGAAUCCGUCAAAUCUCGCAUCGCUCAACUAGAACAACGUUUUAAUGGAGUCAAAGUUAUUGUUGGGGUUGAUCGUCUAGAUUACAUCAAAGGUGUUCCCCAGAAACUCCACGCUCUUGAGCUCUUCUUAACGCAGCACCCUGAGUGGAUCGGAAAAGUCGUGUUAGUCCAGCUCGCUGUGCCGUCUAGACAAGACGUCGAAGACUAUCAAAACCUACGGUCGACGGUAAACGAGCUUGUUGGUCGCAUUAACGGUCGUUUUGGUACAGUCGAAUUUAUGCCGAUACACUUCAUGCACAAGAGUCUAGGCUUCGAUGAGCUGUGCGCCCUUUACGCGAUUAGUGAUGUUUGUUUGGUGACCAGCACGAGAGAUGGGAUGAAUCUGGUCUCGUACGAGUAUAUUGCUUGCCAGCAGGCUCGUCAGGGUGCAAUGAUCCUCUCAGAAUUCGCCGGAGCCGCACAGAGUCUCAACGGAUCAAUCGUCGUGAACCCGUGGGAUCCUCAACAAGUCGCAGACGCGAUUCACGAAGCUGUCACGAUGGAUACGGAGACGCGCGCUGAGAACCACCGCAAGCUUUUCAAAUACGUCAACAAAUACUCCGCGGCUUUUUGGGGCACGAGCUUCAUCAAGGAAAUGAGCAAGCUCAAACAAGACGAUGUGGACAAGGAGGGUCAGGCCGAGUUAAAGCCGAAGAACGACGAAGGCGCAGGUAGCGAGCUCGUUGGCGGCCAAGUGCCUACGCCGCAGGUGGCACUGGGUCGGAUAAUCGUGUCGCAUACUUUGCGCCUGACUUUGGGUGCCAUGCGUUGGCUGUUCCAUAUGAUUAUUCCAUAUCUUCGAUGGUUUUCUAGAACAUAGAUGGGGUCUCACAUUACUUGACGCUGGAGAGUAAAGUAGUACAUAGUAGCAUGAGGUGAACACGUUUUCUGGCAUGCAUACCCGUGACCACUCGUUUGUUUCAUGAACUCCUUCGAGAAUUUCUUUCGCAAGUGCGAAACACCUGAGCUGGUGACGGAAUAUCAGGGGUUGUGGAUGGGCGCUCCGGUAGCCCCUACGUCAAGUUUCUCUGUAGACCUUCGAGAAAAGCAUAAAGUUGCUCGCCGUUCCUUUGAGAAAUGAAUUAGAACCAUCACGUCAUGGGCCCUCAGGCCUCAACCGGUUACUUGUUUUAGCACGAGCGGCUUAGGGUUUCACUUUUGUUCGAAGUUAACUUCUACUUGAGCACCUUUUAAGAGCUUCGACCAAAGCCCUUUGACACGAAACGGGGCGCAGGAC